CUUGUUCUCAUUAAUGUCUUUUGAUAAGAGUAGCACUACAGGCGUGCUGCAGUGUGCCCUGGAUAGAGCAUUCUGAGAUACUGUUGCAGUUUCACAGUGUGAUCAGUGGUUGAUUAUAUCAGAAACUUGCCAAUAUGGCAGCUCCAAUCAGUUUCGCAGCGAUGGCUGGAGAAAAGAAAGCGGAAGACACCCCAUUGAGAAUCGUUCAGCUCGAUGGCCAUGUCAUCCUGAAGAUUGUGAAGCACUGCAAGGAGGGCAUGCCAACCCUUGUGACAGGACAGCUGCUUGGCUUGGACGUUGGACAGACCUUGGAAGUCACAGACUGCUUUCCCUUCCCGAGCCGGAACGAUGAGGACGAUGCAGUUGAGGGGGAUGGAGCCAGCUACCAGCUAGACAUGAUGCGAUGCUUGCGAGAAGUCAACGUGGAUAACAACACUGUGGGCUGGUACCAGUCAACAGUGCUGGGUUCGUUCCAGACGGUAGAGUUGAUAGAGACGUUUGUCAAUUAUGCCGAGUCCAUCAAGCGGUGCAUCUGUCUUGUGUACGACCCUCAGAAGUCUGCGACGGGGAGCCUCGCUCUCAGAGCCAUCAAGCUGCGGGAUUCCUUCUUGAAGGUGUACAAGGAGGGAAAUUUGACGACAGAGAAGUUGCGCGAGGCAGCAGUGGCCUGGAAAGAUGUGUUUGAGGAGAUCCCCAUCCACGUCCGCAAUUCUCCCCUGGCAACCGCCCUCAUGGCAUCCAUCGAGCCGGACACCGUGGCCGACACCAAGGACUUUGAGCGCCUGCACUUGGGCGUCCGGCCCCUACUGGAGAAGAACCUGGAGUUCCUCAACGACUGCCUGGAUGAUAUUGUGGCAGAGCAGCAGAAGGUGUCAUUCUACCACAGGAAUGUGGCGAGGCAGCAGCAGCAGAUCCAGCAGUGGCUGCAGAAGCGGCGGCAGGAGAACGCAGUGCGGCGGCUCGCGGGCGAAGAGCCCCUGCCGGAAGAGGACCCGGCCCUCUUCAAGCCCCUCCCAGAGCCCUCCCCGCUGGACGGCUUCCUCAUCAAUAACCAGAUCGAGAACUACUGCCACCAGCUGAACCACCUGUCAGCACAGACGCUGGAGAAGCUGCACCUGCUGGAGAGCCUGCAGAAGGCCCGCAUUACUGCCUGAAGUUGCGCGACUGGCACUGGGAAGGUUGUGGGAUAAAUAUGACCCUGUAUGUGAGGAGCGUGAAAAUUGUCUUACCUUGUAAUAUAUUCCCAAAUG